GCCCCGGAGCGUCGGCCUCUCCGUUGACAGAGGAGUAGUGAGCUGCUCGGGUGAGGCUGCAGCCAACUCCGCUCCCCGCGCACUCGCUGCCCAAGCGCUCGGGACGCGACAGUAGCGCUUCUCCGCGGCGCCCACUGCCCAUGAUGCCCGCCUAGGAGCGCGCGGCCGUGGCCAGCACCGCCACGCCCGGAGCCCCGCGCCGCUGGCUGCAGACCGGGCCAGAGCCGCGCCCCCACCCCCACCCGCCCCCCGCCCCGAAAUGACUUGUUAAUCGGCGUGGACACACUGAGGGGACUCGCUGGAGCGGAAUCCAAGUGGAAUUGGGAUUUGGAGAAGAGUUUCUUGAACAUUUACCCUCCUCAGUGUGGGUGUUUCUUCUUCCUCUUUUUCUUUUUGGCUUCUUUUUUUCCCUCUUCCCUUCACCGUUUGUCAUCGGAGAUGAACGCAGCUCGCUUGCAUCCCAGAAAGUAGACGACGCGACUGUUGCCCCCAAAGAGACUAGCACACAUGUAGGAAUGACAAAGGCUUGCAAAGCAGAGAGCGCAGCUCGAGGCCCGGAGAAAUCUCCUCGAUAAUGGAUUACUAAAUGGGAUACACUCCGUACCCGUCUGUUCGAAACCCGGCUGCCUGCCCGUCGAUGCACCGAAAAGGGUGAAGUAGAGAAAUAAAGUCUCCCCGCUGAACUACUAUGAGGUCAGAAGCCUUGCUGCUAUAUUUCACACUGCUGCAUUUUGCUGGGGCUGGUUUCCCAGAAGAUUCUGAGCCAAUCAGUAUUUCGCAUGGCAACUAUACAAAACAGUAUCCAGUUUUUGUGGGCCACAAGCCAGGACGGAACACCACACAGAGGCACAGGCUGGAUAUCCAGAUGAUUAUGAUCAUGAACAGAACCCUCUACAUUGCUGCUAGGGAUCAUAUUUAUACAGUUGAUAUAGAUACAUCCCACACAGAAGAAAUUUACUGUAGCAAAAAACUGACAUGGAAAUCUAGACAGGCUGAUGUAGACACAUGCAGAAUGAAGGGAAAACAUAAGGAUGAGUGUCACAACUUUAUUAAAGUCCUCCUAAAGAAAAAUGAUGAUACCUUGUUUGUCUGUGGAACAAACGCUUUCAACCCUUCCUGCAGGAACUACAAGAUCGAUACUUUGGAAUCUUUUGGGGAUGAAUUUAGUGGAAUGGCCAGAUGCCCUUAUGAUGCCAAACAUGCCAACAUUGCACUGUUUGCAGAUGGAAAGUUAUACUCGGCCACAGUGACUGACUUCCUUGCCAUCGAUGCUGUCAUUUACCGGAGUCUUGGAGACAGCCCUACCCUGAGGACCGUCAAGCAUGAUUCAAAAUGGCUGAAAGAACCAUACUUUGUCCAAGCAGUGGAUUAUGGAGAUUAUAUCUACUUCUUCUUCCGGGAAAUUGCAGUGGAGUACAACACCAUGGGAAAGGUCAUUUUCCCUCGAGUGGCUCAAGUUUGUAAGAAUGACAUGGGAGGCUCUCAGCGAGUCCUGGAGAAACAGUGGACAUCUUUCCUCAAGGCCCGCCUGAACUGCUCAGUUCCCGGAGACUCUCACUUUUAUUUCAACAUACUCCAGGCCGUUACAGACGUGAUUCGUAUUAACGGCCGUGAUGUUGUCCUGGCAACCUUUUCCACACCUUACAACAGCAUCCCAGGGUCCGCAGUCUGUGCCUAUGACAUGCUUGACAUUGCCAGUGUUUUUACUGGGAGAUUCAAGGAACAGAAGUCUCCCGAUUCUACUUGGACACCAGUUCCUGAUGAACGAGUCCCUAAGCCCAGACCAGGUUGCUGUGCUGGCUCAUCCUCCUUAGAAAAAUAUGUGACCUCCAAUGAGUUUCCCGAUGAUACCCUGAACUUCAUUAAGACACAUCCGCUCAUGGAUGAAGCGGUGCCUGCCAUUAUCAACAGACCGUGGUUCCUGAGAACAAUGGUCAGAUACCGCCUGACCAAAAUUGCAGUGGACACUGCUGCUGGGCCGUAUCAGAAUCACACUGUGGUUUUCCUGGGAUCAGAAAAGGGAAUCAUCUUGAAGUUCUUGGCCAGGAUAGGAAACAGUGGGUUCCUAAAUGACAGCCUCUUCCUGGAGGAGAUGAAUGUUUACAACCCAGAAAAGUGCAGCUAUGAUGGAGUAGAAGACAAGAGGAUUAUGAGCAUGCAGCUGGACAGAGCAAGCAGCUCUCUGUAUGUCGCAUUCUCUACCUGUGUGAUAAAGGUUCCACUUGGCCGGUGUGAACGACAUGGGAAAUGUAAAAAAACCUGCAUUGCCUCCAGAGACCCGUACUGCGGGUGGCUAAAGGAAGGAGGCACCUGUGCCCAUCUGUCACACAGCAGCAGACUGACUUUUGAGCAGGACAUAGAGCGUGGCAACACAGACGGCCUGGGAGACUGUCACAAUUCCUUCGUGGCACUGAAUGACAUUUCAACUCCACUACCAGAUCAUGAAAUGUCUUACAACACAGUGUAUGGGCACGCCAGUUCCCUCUUGCCCAGCACCACCACGUCAGAUUCGGCGGCUCAGGAGGGGUAUGAGUCUAGGGGAGAAAUGCUGGACUGGAAGGAUCUGCUCGAUUCACCUGGCAACACAGACCCUUUGGGGGCAGUGUCUUCCCAUAAUCACCAAGACAAGAAGGGAGUGAUUCGGGAAAGUUACCUCAAAGGACAAGACCAGCUCGUUCCUGUCACUCUCUUGGCCAUCGCAGUGAUUCUGGCUUUUGUUAUGGGGGCCGUUUUCUCUGGCAUCACCGUGUACUGCGUCUGUGAUCACCGGCGCAAGGACGUGGCGGUCGUGCAGCGCAAGGAAAAGGACCUCACCCACUCGCGCCGGGGGUCCAUGAGCAGCGUCACCAAGCUCAGUGGCCUCUUCGGGGACACUCAGUCCAAAGACCCAAAGCCAGAGGCCAUCCUUACGCCACUCAUGCACAACGGCAAGCUCGCCACCCCCAGCAAUACCGCCAAGAUGCUCAUUAAGGCUGACCAGCACCACAUGGACCUGACGGCCUUGCCCACCCCCGAGUCCACCCCGACCCUGCAGCAGAAGCGGAAGCCCAGCCGCGGCAGCCGCGAGUGGGAAAGGAAUCAAAACCUCAUCAAUGCCUGCACAAAAGACAUGCCCCCCAUGGGCUCUCCCGUGAUCCCCACGGACCUGCCCCUCCGGGCCUCCCCGAGCCACAUCCCCAGUGUGGUGGUCUUGCCCAUCACACAGCAGGGCUACCAACACGAGUACGUGGACCAGCCCAAAAUGAGCGAGGUGGCCCAAAUGGCACUGGAAGACCAGGCUGCCACCUUGGAGUAUAAGACCAUCAAGGAGCAUCUCAGCAGCCAAAGUCCCAAUCACGGGGUGAACCUUGCGGAGAACCUGGACAGCCUGCCCCCCAAGGUUCCCCAGCGGGAGGCCUCGCUGGGCCCGCCGGGAGCCUCCCUGUCUCAGCAUGGCCUGAGCAAGCGUCUGGAAGCAGCGCACCACUCCUACGGGCUUGACUACAAGAGGAGCUACCCCACGAACUCGCUGUCGAGGGGCCACCAGGCCACCUCUCUGAAAAGAAACAAUACUAACUCCUCCAACUCCUCCCACCUCUCUAGAAACCAGAGCUUUGGCCGGGGGGACAACCCGCCCCCCGCCCCGCAGAGGGUGGACUCCAUCCAGGUGCACAGCGCCCAGCCCUCCGGCCAGGCUGUGACAGUGUCGAGGCAGCCCAGCCUCAACGCCUACAACUCACUGACCAGGUCGGGGCUGAAGCGCACACCCUCGCUAAAGCCGGACGUACCCCCCAAACCCUCCUUUGCUCCCCUUUCCACAUCCAUGAAGCCCAAUGACGCGUGUACAUAAUGCCAGGGGGAGGGCUCAGGAGUCGACCAGCAAGCGAGGCGAGUCAUCCGCUUAGCUCAGCAAGGUUCUCCAUCGCCUCGGGCGCCCUCCAGACCCAGAUGGCCGCGGCAGAGCUGAGGACACCGUGUCCUCCUCUCCCGGACACAGGAGUACUCUCAAAAAUCGGGCCACGUGGUUUGGUGAAGGUGUGCAACAGACUCACCCCCAUUCUCUUCCUUCACUCUUCCCCACACCGCACAGCAGGUCGGACCCACGAGAGACUUCAGUUAUCAUCACAAACAUGAGCCAAAAGCACACAACCACCCCAUUUCCCAUCACACGUGCACACACAUACACACACAUACACACACACAUGUGAACAGCAACCACAACACUUGUCCGUGACUGCACGGGGCGUUGCCAAACUGGGCUGGCGUUCCAGACUGCAAAACACAAACACAUUUUUAAAAAUCAUGAAAAUUUAAAAAGACAAAAAAUAAAGAAUUCAUUGAUAAUUCUAACUCAGACUUUAACAAUGGCAGAAGUUUACUAUGCGCAGUUACUGUGAAAUGCCCACCAGUGUUACAGCUUUCUGUUACAGCAGAUAAAUGCCAUGUUGGGCGACUAUAUCAUAGAUUUCUGCUCCUCCUCUCUUUUAAUGAAAUAACGUGACCGAUAACGCAAGUAACUCUUUAUUUAUUGUUCACUUUUUUUUUUUUCCUUAAGGAAAGGACUCUUCCACAUAUCAGCCUACAAACAGCUCUUCUGAAGCCCCUUGAAAGUUAAACUAUUUAACGUGAAAUCCAUUAACUGGAAUAAUUGAGUUUCUUUAUUUUUACAAUAAAUUCACUGAGUAAAUAAGUUGAA